AUGGAAGGUACUAAUGCUGAUUCGGACCAUUCUAUGACUUGGGAGGAUUUUUUCGGUAGUACAACCGAUCUCACACCAACGUUAAUCGGCAUUUAUGAUGCUUUAUUAGAACCAGCGAAGAGCCUAAGACCAGAAGCUAUCCGUCUAGAAACAGCCAAAGAUGCUAGGAACGAUCCACCACUACUCGAAGCUAUGACAGAAAAAAAGGACAACGAGGACACAAUUUGCUCCAGCCCACCGAAAGACCCAGCAAAGAUCAUAGGAGGCGUUAAACUCCCUAUAGCCUCUCUAAACGCAUCAUCAUUAUAUAAUCUUCGUACGAAAAAUGACUGUGGUGUUAGUGACAAACGAGGCAUACCCAGUGAUGACAAAACACAAAAGACGUUUAAAGAAACAAAGACAGAUGCCUUCGAUAAUCUAUCGCCAAAUGUUAAACGCAUGCUUUCAAGUGCAUCACAGACUACAACGUUACGUUUUCAAAAGAAAACAACAAAUAUUACGAGAUCUUCUAUCAGAAAGUGUAACAUUCCUUUGGUCGGCGCCACGUCUAAAAUUUCACAAUCGGGAGUAGAAAUCUUAUCCUCGGUUGACGUGUAUGAUCAACCGUCUGCAUUGAAAUCUCCUCACAAACAACCAGAUGAAAAGAAUGAAUCUCCACAAAAGCUCGCUAAGCCUAUAUUUAAAAUCGACGAACCUGAAAUGUAUGAUGUCCCUAAGAAUAAUCAACCCGCCAUUUAUGAUGUACCAAAUAGUAAUAAAACAGCAUUUGAAUCUCUUUCGUUGCCAUACAUCGAUCAAUCCAUCGAACUGUCUAUAUCAGCUAAUGAUAGAGAAUUCGAUAUAAAAUUAUCUUCAAAAGAUAAUUCUCCUUUAAAACCUGAAAUCACUUCAACGCCCCAAACAUCUCCAAUCAAGUUUCCUAACGAAAGUAUGCCUAGAAAAGAAAGUAAAGCUUCAAAACACCUCUUAAAAUCGGACCCUUAUCCCCAAGCUGUUGGAUCGACAGGGAAUUUAAGGCCUGAGAAGGAAAUGAUUAGAUUAAAUCCACCUAUUCAAGUAACAAGACCGCUAUCAAUGAGUUCCAUUGCUUCAUCCAGUUCAACGUCCAGUAGUGGAGUCCAAAACAAAGGAGGAGUGAAUUCAGCCUAUCUCGCUUCCAUAGAGAGUCUAGAUGACCAUAGUGACGCUGAUUUAACAUCUGGUAAUGGCAGUAACAUCUUUAUGAACAGUGCUGGAAUGCUUAAGACCAGUAUUUCGGAAGAGAGUCGAACUGAGACAAUAACUAGGCAGAAUUUAGAAGAGUUGUCCGGACUGUCGCAGCUGGAGAGGGUUUGUGCGGAAAUAGUACAGACCGAGAAUGUUUACGUCGAGGAUCUGAGACAAGUGGUUGAGGGCUAUCUUCAUGUCUGGCGGCGCGACUCCACCUUUUCCGAAGACGAGCUAUCAGAACUUUUCAAUAACAUAGAGGACAUCUAUGCAUUUAAUAAAUCCCUCUGCGCAGAACUGAACUCCUGUCAAUUAGACGCAACCUGCAUAGCUCGAUGCUUCGUCAACAAUACAACGGGCUUCUCGGUCUACACGUCCUACUGUACCGGUUAUCCCCGCACGAUGGAGAGGUUGGCAGCCCUGGCUUCGAAGCCACAAAGCGCGAGGGAGUUCAGGGAGAAGCAAGUGGAGCUGAGUCACUCGUUGCCACUCGCUUCGUAUCUUCUGAAGCCCGUGCAACGGAUAUUGAAGUAUCACUUAUUGUUACAGAACGUAGUGAAGCAGUGCGCGUCUCGAGAGACGGAAUACGCCUUGCUGAAGAUGACAGGUAUAGCCCAGCAUAUAGACGAUAUGAAGCGGCGGCACGAACACGCGGUUAGAGUUCAAGAGAUCCAGUCGCUGUUAUAUGGCUGGAAUGGUCCAGACUUGACGACCUACGGAGAGCUGUGCGCUGAAGGGACAUUUAGAGUUUUCGGCGCGAAGGCGAUGCGUCACGCCUUCCUCUUCGACAAAAUGCUUCUUGUCACGAAGAAUCGAGAUGAUGGGAUCUUGGCAUACAAGUCGCAUAUCAUGUGUAACAACAUGAUGUUGGUGGAAUCGAUAGCCGGUGCCCCCCUCUCUUUCCACGUCAUACCGUGGGACGCACCGCGCGCGCAGCUCACGUUACAAGCGCGGUCGCAACGACACAAGCGAGAAUGGACCUUAUUACUAAAACGGGUGAUAUUGGAAAACUACAAUGCCGUAAUUCCAUCUCACGCUAGGCAGCUAGUAAUGGAACUUGGACAAAAUAAAACGGACGAUGACAUACUUGCUGAAAAAUCGCAUAAUUUAAUCACACAAGCAUCUAUGCGAAAACAACUCUCUGCGCCGGAGUAUCUUGAAAAACGGAAACUAGAAAGAGAACGACGGAAAUCCUUUGAAAACGGUAGAGGUCGAGCUAAAAAAUCUUAUCGAAAAACUAUAGAGCGUAGUUCAAGAAGUAGAAGUCAAGACUGUGAUUGCGCACAAGUUUCUGCUGAAAAGGGCAUGGACUACACUUGUGAUAAUUGCUAUAUAGAUCUGUGUUCAGAUUGUGAAAUGGCACUAGCAAAAGACAAACGAGGGGAUAAAUGUGAUUGUCAAAAUGUAGAAGAAGAUAAAUGUCCAGAAUGCGACCGGUCUCUCCACUUCAUUGACUCCGGGAGUGUCGAAGAUAUAGAAAGAAAACCAACCUGUAAGUGUUCAGAUUUUAAAUCAUCCCAAGAAAGCUUUUGCAAAGAAUUUAAAUCCUUGAAUAAAACUAGAAAUUACCAUUCUUCGGAUAAUAUCGUUGGAUAUGAUACAAAAAACAAAGAUAACAUACCCGAUUUGACUACUGUGAAAAUACAAAAGACAUGUCUCAAAUGCGCCAAAAUAAAAGAAAAUAUACCAGUGACUGAUUCGAUGGGCACAUUACAAGUUAGAAAGUCAAGGUAUGUUGAAAACGAUAAGACUAAAACUGACACAUUGAGAUCAAAGUCUAAGGACGAUCCUCAUAGAGCGAAACUUUCUAAAAUAGGUACAUGGAGAAGAAAAUCAGAACCUGGUCUGCAACAAAAUUCCUUAAACCUUACAGGGAAAAAGUCCCUAGAUAGUGACAACGAAAGAAACGACGACAGGAAUGAUGUGAAAAAUGAUAAAAUUGAGUUUGAAUGUCGCAACUGCGGGUCAAAUAAAAUUUCUAAAAAACUGAAUGCAUCAAAUGGAAAUAUACACUCAGAUGUAGAAAGCGACAAUCGGAAAUAUAACGUUGGUAAACAGAGUUUAGAAAUAAAAAUGUACAAUACGAAAAACAUACCUAAAAAAAUAUCUAAAAUCAAGAAGAAUAGAGCUAAAGGGCGACUUACUACAGAUACAUCGACUCGUUUUUAUGCUGAUUUUUCAAGUGACUUAUCUACUGAAAAUAUUUUGCAUAUUUCGGAAUCCAACGACAGCCUUAAUAUCGAUAAAUCAAAAGUUCUGACGCUGCCGGAUAAGAUUACGACGAUUCCUGACCCAUUACCUAAAGAUGAAGAUAUAGAUGAAGAAACAUACAAGAAACUGAUAGAAAAGACAGAUUCAUUCAAGAAAAAUGAGUUAGAGAAAGAGAAAUAUUUAAAUAAACAAAAUAUUAUCUGUGAGGGGUCUGAAACUGAUGAAAAGCCAAUAAAGACUCAAAAUUGUCAGGAGGAUAUUCAGGAAAGUUGUGAAGAAAACGAACAACCGCUGGAACAAAUAAUUUCUCAACUCUUGAUGCAAAAUCGAGAAUUUCAAAAACUCUUAAAGAAGCAGCAGUUACGAAGUAGUGCGCAAAAAAGACACCAUAGAUUAUUAAAAUCGCAUUCGAUUCCCGAUCAAGUCUUGUUAAAUCGUAACGAAGAUAUGAAAUUAAAACCGAAAUACGGUCGCCAAAUGUCUGAAGAUUUACAGCUUUCUAUCAAAGAAGAUAUAGAUAAUAACAAAGACGACCUCGACAAAGGAAUUGUGUCAGAAGACGACCACAUAUACGAAACGCUAAGGGUCGAAAAUCGAGUAAAUCGAAAUCCCGAUAUCCUUGAUUCUAAAAUAUCUAGUUCUUCAGUAUUAAAAAAUAAAAACAUUGAUAGAAAAGUCGGUCCUGAAUCAGAUUAUGUUUAUCUCUCGUUUGAAGAAAUAAAAAAAGGCAGAGAUAGUCUCGAUGACGGUAUAUACGACGUUCCAGUAAAAACGCCUGAAAAAGUAAUUGAAUCUCAACAGUCGCACAAAAGUACAGAUUAUUAUGUCACUAUGGAGAAUCAAAGGCCCGCGACCGGUUGUAAUGAAAACUAUUAUGACAAUUUAGAAGAUGUGUGCCGAAGGAAAAAAGAAGUCCCCAAUACACUUCCUAGUGAUUAUAUGCCAAUGAGUACCGAUCACCAGAGUCCUAAUACCCCAGAAAUAUGGAUCAGUCGGCAAAAGGAACAUUUCACUGUUUCUAGAGAUAGAAAGUCAGGCUCUUUGCCAAGAAGCUUUCAAGUCCCGACUAGUGUCCAAGAUGAACACAAUCUCAGUACAUUUAAAUUUAAACCUAAUAGUAAUAGCAAAACAUAUCUUAACCGAGACGGUAAAGUAAUGAGUAUUGACAGACCGUUCACUAUUGCAUCAGAUCAAAGUGAAAUAAGUUAUGAUGAUGUUGAAACUUACAUGAGCGAGGGUGACAUAUUGAAAUUCACGAAAAGUGCGCAAUCUGUUGAUGAAGCUCAGAAUUUCAGUAAGUCAACCUUGGAACUCGAAGAAGAGAUCGAUCGAUGUUACAAGAACAAUUUUGAAAAGAUAGACUUAGAUACAAAUAAGAACGAAAGUAUUCUGAAAACUUCUGGUAAUAAUUUAGACAUAUCAGUGACGUCUUCAUGUGAAGGUUUAAUUAUUGAUCAAAGUAAUGAUAAGGCUAAAAUGGACGUGAUUCACCCAGAGCAUAAAAUUUAUAAGCCGAAUGGUAACGCUCUUUCUCUAAAGAACGUUUUAAGUCGUUUCAAAAACCGUUCUCCUCCUAAAAAUGAAGAUAUCGAAAUAAAUGCUAACGAACCAAGCAGUAACGAAAAUAAAGCUGAUAUAAAAAGUCCCACAAACGAAAAAAGGUCUGCUUUAAACCCUAGAAGUUAUUCUAAGAAUUUACUUCAAAGAUUCAGAAGUAUUAUAGGCGAUGAACAUUCGGAUGACAAUCAAAAUAAAAUCGAAGCAAAUAAAAUAAUUCAAGGGUUAGAAGACGACAACAUAACAGUUGAUGUUACCUCCAUCGACAAAAGCUCACCAACUUCAAUCAAUUGUUCGGUGACAGAUGUUCUAAGUAGAAGCGUUUGUGAAAAUACUACUAUAAGUGAAAGUCAAAAUGAAAAAAAUAAUUUAGAUACAUUAUCACAAAGUUGCCAUAACCUUACACAAAAACCCGCAUAUAGACCAUCUUAUGAAAAAAGCAUAAGUAUGAUGUCAUCUAUACCUAAUUCGACCUGUUCUUCGCCUUCAAAGACGAAUGCCAAUUCUCUUCAGAGCCUGAAGAAACUGCCUAUUUAUAUGCAAGGUAGUAAACACUUAGGUGCAAGAAUAGCCCAGUCAGAUUACGUUGAUCCGAUGACGUUGCUCAACGAAAGGAAUGUAAAUCAUAUUAAUGUGCUUAUAAAUAAAAACGCUAUACGCCCGGAUAGCCUGUUCUCAAAUUCUUCUUUCGUCACCUCUUCGAGUGAAAGUACAUUGCAAGAAACGCAGAAACACCAAGUUUCGGAAAUAUCUUCCGAAACGAGUCAAGUCAAUAGUGAUGAGAGCUAUUACGAAAAAUCUUUCGAGAAAAUUGAGCAUUUCACAGACGAAGAUGUUUUUAGAGACUCGGCUGUUUAUUCAGAUCAAGAAGAUGUCGAGGAUAAAGAAGUGGACAGAACGAAACGAGUCACUAGAUUGAAUCGAGUUGAUAGUGUCACACGUGAUUCAAUGAAAUCUAAGAAAAUUGUAUCCAGUAUCACUGAAAUAUCUAGCAUUCAAACUGUAAGUUUUAACAAAAUUCAAAACACGGUGAAAAAGUAUGAUAACAAGACCGGUGAACGAAAAGUGAAACCGAAAACGGCGCCACCAGUUCCAGCCAAACCCAAAAUUUCGCAAGGCCCCAUAUCCACUGUGCAAAGGACAAUUGUUAGUAAUAGUAGAAACUUUACGAAAAAUGUAGAAAAAACAUCUUCAACAGAAUCAUCAACGUCCGUUAACACAAGGACGAUACAAAGAAACGUGAAGCAGUCCUUAGUGCGGUCGGAGUCGACACCGUUCGGAAAAAGUGAGGAGAAAGUUGAAAAAACUAACAUCACAUCUGAAUUCAAAGGGACUGAAGGCAAAACCUCAAUACAAAUGAAACGAUUGGGUUUUGAACGUGCAAGUUUGGAUUCAGCGACGAGAAAGCGUCCAGUGGAAAACAAGCGAACAUCGACAGAACAACCAAAAACGUCUAAAUCAGUUCUAGAGAGGCGAUUGGAGCUCGAACAGCUAACAAAACCGCAAAAGAAACCGACAAAGCAACCUCUACAAGCUAUAAAACCAAAGUCGAUAACGAUGAAAGUGGCGUCAUUUGAAACCGCUGAAAAUACAGAGGCUCAUACCGCAAACAAUAAAAACAUUCCAGAUGUUAAGCCUUCCGGAAGCGAAGACCCUAACGACGAUCCUAAAGGGAGUUGGGUAAAACAAGUGGUCAAUAAGUUCCAAUAA